AUGGCUGGGGCAGGACAAGGGCAGCAGAUCGAUCUGGCCAGCCUGUCUGCGCAGCAGCUAUCCCAGGUGAAGAAACAGCUAGAUGAGGAAGUGCAGCAUCUUUCGAACUCCUACCAUAAUCUCAAGCGGGCCCAGCAAAAGUUCAAGGAGUGCCUGGCAAACAUCAAGAGUGGCGUCGCCGAGAGCACAAAAGGCAAACCGAUCCUCGUUCCCUUGACGUCGUCACUCUACGUACCAGGCAAACUCGCGGAUACUGAGCAUGUGCUAGUAGACGUCGGAACGGGCUUCUACGUGGAGAAGUCGACGGCCGAUGCGCAGAAGUUUUACGAUGCAAAAGUCGAGGAGCUAGGGUCGAAUGUCAAGGACUUGGAGAAUAUCGUCAAUGGCAAGGCAAACAAUCUCAGGAUGGUGGAAGAAGUGUUGAGGCAGAAGAUGCUCUCCCAGCAAGGCGGUCCAUCUGGUGAGGGAACGAAAUGA